AUGGAGAAGGGUGGUGGCGGAGGUGGAGGUGGAGGUGGGGCGGCGGAAGGGCAGUACAGCGCGGCGAAGACGUCGGUUUGGUGGGACAUAGAGAACUGCCAGGUACCCAGAGGGUGCGAAGCCCACGUAAUCGCCCAGAACAUAAGCUCCGCACUGGUCAAGCUCGACUAUUGUGGGCCCGUAUCCAUCUCCGCCUACGGCGACACCAACCGCAUCCCCUCUUCUGUUCAGCAAGCUCUCUCCAGCACCGGCAUCGCACUCAAUCACGUCCCCGCCGGGGCAAAGGACGCCAGUGACAAGAAAAUUCUUGUUGAUAUGCUGUUCUGGGCUGUUGACAAUCCUGCUCCUGCAAAUUAUCUGCUUAUUUCUGGUGACCGCGAUUUCUCCAAUGCUCUCCAUCAAUUACGCAUGCGCAGGUACAACAUUCUUCUUGCACAACCUCUACAAGCUUCCGCUGCUCUUGCUGCCGCCGCCAAGAGCGUCUGGCGUUGGACAACCCUUGUUUCUGGAGGUUCUCCUCUUACGCCUGCGGAACUCGGCAAUAUGUCACGCCAUGAUUCCUCGCCUGCUUCGCUUUCUGACUCGACCAUCCCUGAUGCUCGACUAUCUACCAAGUUUGUUAUUAAAGACCCCCCGAGUCAACUAUAUAUCGCUAGAGCAUCAAGUAUGCCGUCACGGAUGCACGAGAACUCCGGCACCGAUUAUUCUCAGCCACUAGAAAGCCAUCCAGAAAUCCAGUUUAAGAAAGCUCCUCAUGAAUUCUUUGGUUUCAGCUCGGUCUCGCCAUCUUCAAAUAAUCUUUUCCAGCCUAACUGUCCCGGUGGUGCUUUUCUCCCUUGUCCUCCAGGGCUUGAUGGAAUUAGGAACACUGCUGCCUCGUUCCCAAACCCAACCGAUAUCGCCAAGCUUAAUUUACUAGAUUGUCCGAAAAAUGCUGCUAAUUCCAACCAGCAAAGGGAAAAAGAUCUUAGGUCCAAUUCCAUGAAAUGUUCAGGUCUAGCUAGCUCAUAUGGAGCACAUAGUUCUUCUGGCGUUGCUUUGCAUGCUGGCCCGCCAACUUAUUAUAAUUCGGGAGAUAACAAGUAUAAUCAGAAUCCUGCUUUACCCUGUCCAAUCUCGCCCUCGGUAACACUUACACCACGAGCUGCUCCAAGUAAUGGGAGUGUUUGGGGGAGUGAAGGAUGCCAGCCGCCGCCUGAAUAUGCUCGGGGCCUUGUAGGAGUUAUCUUACUGGCCUUGAAUACACUUAAGGUGGAAAAAAUUAUCCCUAGCGAAGCAAACAUAACCAGUUGCAUACGCUAUGGCAAUCCGAAAUUUCGCAACAUUGAUGUAAGAAAGGCCUUGGAUUUUGCGCUUGAGCAACAGAUGAUUGUAAAGCAAAAUCUAGGAGACGUACAGCUAUAUGUUGGUAGGCUUGAGAGGUUAUGGAAGUGUGUCAACCCCAUUGAUAGUAACACCAAACAGUAUCCAAAACCGAUGUGGGACGUGAUUCAGCAGUUCCUUGCUUCUUCCUAUGGACGUUCAGCACUGAUGGCUUCUGAGAGCAGGUAUGAAGCAGCUUUGACUCUGAAAAGUGGAUGCUUGAAAGAUUUGUCACUGGGUGAGGUACUUCAGGUUUUGUACAUGAUAAUCAACGUCAGGAGGUGGGUAAUAGUUGCUCAAUCGGGAUGGCAGCCAAUCACUGUCACUCUUCCAGAAAAUCAGGCGUGAUUGAUUUGAUUGAGAGAUUGUAUCGCAUCGUAACAGGUGUUUUGCAUACAAGGUCAGUUAGUCUGGAACUGAAAGACGGGUUCUCUUUGAUGCAAAAUUUAUGAACUGGUAACAGGUACAGCACGACAUGUUACAAGUAUUACGAAGUAUGUGGUACAGGUAUUCUUCCCUGGUCAUUCGUUUUAGAGUUUAAGAUUCCAGACAUUAUUAUUGUGAACCUAGACCUUAAACAAAUUAGCACAUACUAGUAGUAUUUUUACCUCAGGUGUCUAAAAUUCUCAAAUUAGCUUUGGAACUUUAUGGAAUGCCUUCAUCCGGCAUAAGAUUCUUCACUGUGAUAAAGCUGUGAAUACCCACCCCAUUAGGAUAAAUUACCAAUCUGGUGAAGGAUUUGUUUUUAAAAGUUGCUAGCUAAACUAUCUGGAAUCUUAACAAGGGAAGGGUAUUUUCAGUGGGAGCCGGGUUUUUUUUUCCUGCAUGGAUAAAUCUGAUGAGAUUUAUUUAUGGGAUGAUUUUGGUGUCAUGCUCAUUUUCGCUUGUGGUGUCCUCCUACAUGUUGCGUAUGGGAAGCUGGGCAAGAUCUGAGUGGGGUAUUGUUUUUGCUGUGCAACGAGAGGUACUCUUAAUUAAUGAAGGGGUUUCUUCAAGUGUCAAAAACUCAAAAAAGAUGGUGAGAAGAUGUCAAAUAAUACGUCUUCUUCCGUUGUGGGCUUGUAAAUGCGUUUUGAAUGCACUUUUUAUCUAUCUUACUGCUGAAUUUCA